AUGGCGCUGUUCCUCUCGGCUGCGCGCUUCACGCCCCCCAAGACGCCGCGGAACGUUUUUUUUCCCUGGCAAGUGUUUAGUGUGCAUCGGACGGGCGCCUUUUUGGAGCGCCGGCGCAUCGCGCUGAAAGUCCCCGUGAACCUGACAAAGUUCGAGAUUCAGAGUUACUUGGAGAAGAUUUACGGCGCGCGCGUCCUCAAGGUCUCUACGCUCAUCGUCGUGCCGAGAAGAAGACGCGACCUCUUCGGACCGAAACCCUCCAUGCGUUACUAUCGCGUUGGCUGCACGUUCAAGAAAGCGAUUGUGACGUUGGAGGAUGGCGUUCCCGACGCCGUGAAGAUGCUUCGCUCCUCAAUUGAGCUCGCGAAGAAUCCGGACAUCACCAAGCACAACGUGACGCACUCUGCGCGCGUCCGCGAGUUCAGGCCACCGAGCCAGAGUCAGCGCUGGGAGAUGGGCGAGUCCAAGUACGCGUGGCGCCUUCCGAUCCCCAACUUGCUCGCAGGCGACGACAUGCAGUUGAAUCCUUCGCUGCGGAUCGACGAGAGUACGACGCAGAUGUUCCCGGACUUCACAAAGCCCUUCUUCCACAACGCGCACUUCAAGUUCUCUUGGAAGCCUGAGGAAGUCCCCCAGCAGGCCUCCGUCAAGCUCGACAUUACCCCGUGGCGCCGCCGCGUCGAGCGCAUGCACGGGCAAACGAACGCACUUCCCUCUGCAGGCGACGGAGCUGCACCAAGCCCCUCACUCCCACCCUUGCAGACCUCCAAAUAA